AUGGAAAUAGAUGAAGGUCCGCCGCCUUUCAAUGGUGUAGUUGAAGAAGAUGUAGAUGAUGUUGAUACAGCAAUCAGUUUUGGUGUAAGUUUUCUUUCAUUUUCACAUUAAUUUCCAAAUUAAAAAUGAUAUUUUCAGAACCUUGAUCAUAGUCAUAUUGCUGAUACAUCAACAAUGAAGUCAUUUUCAAUGUUAUCGAUUGGUCAGGGUGAUUCGAUGGUUAUUGAUGAAAAUAUAUCCGAAUUUCCAUCUUCUCCUGAUGUUGUUACUGGAAAAGAAGAAGAGAAUGAUGAAGAUGAAUGGGGAGAUUUUGGAGAAGCUUCAACAACUAAUCCACCCGUAGAAGAUCAGAAAAAUGAAGAAGAGGAGGAUGAUGAAUGGGGAGAUUUUGAUCAAGCAAGACCCUCUCGACAACAAUCUGUUGAUGUUGUUGAACCUUCACCUUCUAAACCGGGAAAUCUAGAUUCAUUUGAUGAUGAUGAUUGGCAGGCUGAAUUCACUGGUGCUCCUGAAGUUAUUCAAAAUUUUCCAUCAUCCCUGAAAGGUCUUGAAGAAAUGUUAGAAGAUCGAGAAUUUUGGAAUGAUGGAUUUGAUGAAAAUAAUGAGAUUGUUGAAUUCCCCUUUGGAUGAUGAGGUGAUUCUGGAGGAUCUUCGAGAGAAUUUGGAACAGGAGGAAAUCGAAAAUGAUUUGUGGAAGAGUCUUCGAGUUGUUGAAGAAGCAUUUUCAUUGAAAUUUGAGUGGAAGAAUAGUUCGACGCGGGGAAAACAUUUUCGAUCUAUCAAAAUUGAUGAGAAACAAGUUAGGAUUCCUGCAAAAUCAGCAUUUGAUAUGUCAAGUAUUCUAUUGCCAACACAACCUUCGACUUCGACAACACAACAAUCAACAUCGGAAAAUUCGAAAAAAGAAGUAGCAGUUGAAUCUCCUUCAAUUCCAGUUGUUGAUUUCGAUUGGGAUACAUCUGGUCUAACAAAUCCAUUGAAAGGUGCAAGUCAAUCUUCAGCGAUUAUUGAUGUCGAUUUUCUACAUUCUAAUGGUGCAAGCAGUUAUACAAAUCCAUUGCAAAAAGAUUUAGCGGAUUUUGGAUUGAAUUCAGUUUCCGAAACUAUAUCAGGAACACAGAGGUUUGACAUUUUUUUGAAACUUCAAGGAAUUAAAAAAAUGUAAAAUUUUUCAAUGUUUUGCUUUUCAAUGUGAAUAUUCUCUACAUGUUUCCUUUUCUCCAGGCUUCUCGAGAAAAGUCUCGAGGAUUUCAAUUUUCUAAAGUUCCCCAAGACCUUUAUCAAUUAUAUUUAAAAUAUUUCAGCAAUUCCUCAUCUUCAAAUAUCCUCGAUUCCAUAAUGACAAAAGUUGAAGCUGGUCGAAAAAGCCCAUAUCGAGAUACUCAAGUGCUUUCACUGGAUGCUCGAAGUCUUCUCGAUCAAUUACCCGAUCUACAAUAUAUUCAAUCAAAUAUGUUGAUGUUCCCAAUGGGUAGUGGAACAACUCAACAUUUCUCCUAA